AUGUUUUCCUCCGACCCGUGCAGUGACUUCCUGAUCCACAGAGCUAUUGAAGGUUGGGGUAAGCUGUAACCCCAUAGAGCCGAGGGCCAUAAGCCGCAGCAUAUGCUAAGCCAAUUCCUUACGGGCUGCUCUCAGAUAUGCACAAAGUUUAGGUCAAUCUGCUGGACCAAGUUGGAGGCCUGCCUUUUUUCCCCCGCUGCAUAUGUGACCACCUUUUGGCGCCUUGAGGGUCGGUGAAGUUGUAGCCGAGGUUAAUGCAACUAGGUCAACGCGCGGCCUCCUCACGGAGGACUUGCAGUUGUCCGAAGCUAGCACGACGGUGUGGAUACAUCAAUCCAAAACGGAAAUCCAAUGCUUAUAAAAGUUAUAUUCGCUAGAAUGCGCUCUGCUAUAUUACCCCUACUUACCCCCUUUUCUGUCCUUUUAUCCUCAGCUGUGAUCAGGAAAAGCGUGUGGAUUUGCGGCCACAGUAUAGUCCAUUGGGCCCGCGUAUGGGCAGUCAGCCGCGGCCUUGCGCCUAAUCUUGGUCUGCCACACGGUGUUCGAGUUUCCUGGUUCUCGAGAAAAGGCAUGCGCUGGGAAGAGCUUAUGCCAUUGCUGUGGGAAAAAGUCGCCACGUUCAGCCCUCCCGGCAUCCUUGUCAUUCAAUUAGGGGAAAAUGACCUUGCUUACAGAAGGAAUGCGGACUUGUUGUGGAAUAUAAAAAGAGACUUGGAUGCGUUUGCUGCCUUGUGCCCCAGAACAACGGUGUUCUGGUCCUCCUUCCUGAAGAAAAUUUUUGGCGUGGUGCGCUGA